ACGUGACGUAGGAGGAAAGAGACGCCAUUAAGUCCUGCGCGAUACAGCUGCUGCGCGACCGUCCCGCGGCCGAGGUGAGCUUACUGGAAGUGGAAGUGUUCUGUCUCAUUUGGAAAAAGGAGUCCCCGUCGUCUAGAUCUAUUCGCAGUCACUCGGGUCACAUGACUGACGUGAUCGUGCGUCCGUGGAGCUGCUGCUGAUCUGCCGUACCCUUUCCUCUAUUUUUGUACAUUUCCCUUUCGGAUUUGGACUUUUCUUUCUUUUUUUUUCUCUUUUCUUCCUCUUGGCCCCACUGAAGAAGGAAGCAGUUCGGCGAUGGCGAGUGGCGGAGCGGGAGGAGGCAGUAAAUCGUAUUCGUUUAAGGUGGUGCUGCUGGGAGAAGGUUGCGUAGGCAAGACGUCGUUGGUACUGCGCUACUGCGAGAACAAGUUCAACGACAAGCACAUCACGACGCUUCAGGCAUCAUUCUUAACAAAGAAAUUGAAUAUUGGCGGGAAGCGAGUAAAUCUUGCAAUAUGGGAUACAGCAGGUCAGGAAAGGUUCCAUGCUCUUGGUCCCAUUUAUUACAGAGACUCCAAUGGUGCGAUAUUAGUAUAUGACAUCACAGAUGAGGACUCAUUUCAAAAGGUGAAAAACUGGGUAAAAGAAUUAAGAAAAAUGUUGGGUAAUGAAAUUUGUUUAUGUAUAGUAGGUAAUAAAAUAGACCUUGACAAAGAAAGGCACGUAGCAAUUCAAGAAGCAGAAGGGUACGCAGAAUCUGUUGGAGCAAAACACUAUCAUACUUCAGCAAAACUGAAUAAAGGAAUAGAGGAACUUUUCCUGGAUCUCUGUAAAAGAAUGAUUGAAACAGCACAAGCAGAUGAGCGGGCAAAAGGCAACGGUUCAAACCAGGCGGGCACAGCGCGACGAGGCGUACAGAUUGUGGACGAUGAACCACAGAAUGCUGCUGCGGCCGGCGGAGGAUGCUGCUCAUCGGGCUAACGCUUCAGGAGCUUUCACACUUGCCUCCUGGUUCCAUGAAGACUGCCAUAUCUGCCAUCGUAUGGUCCUUUGGGUUUUUUUUUUUUGUUUGUUUUUUUUUCCCCCAUAUUCCUACUCUUGGAAAUAAUCCGAUUAACAGUAUUUUCUAAUAAUCCCAUUUAUAACACUGAAAAGACCUGAGCAAAACAACGCUAAACUAGUGGAGUGUGUGAGCAGACAGCCGGUAUUUACUCUCCUACAUAACAAUUAAAGCAAACGAGCAAUUACCACGGGGGCCCACCAUCAUUUUUAUUAAUUCAUGACAUGGAUAUUAUUGUGCAUGUAGAUUUGACUCAUGUAAAAUCAUCUUUUUUCUUUUAAAUGAGAUCUUUAUUAUUUAAUAACUUAUGUACAUGUUCUUUAAAAAUGUAUAAAUAUUCCUACCCUACAUAUUUUUGUGGUGAGGUCCCAUCGGAUGUUUGACUUUUUUUUUUUUCCUGCCUUUCUUUUAAUUUGGUGAAUUUUCUCAGAUUUUUGCACUGGCCAUCAUUAUCAAUGCUUAGUUGAACUGUACUUCACUCUGUUUGCUGAGUUGAUAUAAAUAUUAAAAUAUAUAUUACAAUACAUAUUUAAUAUUUUAUCUGCUUUUACAAGCUUUGGGAAAAUAUGCAGGUGUAGAAAUGUGUCUUGUUAAUGAUUGUAAAAUGGAAAUAACAAUGUCCGUGAAAGCACACAUUAUUAUUAUUAUUUUUUUUUUGAAUUGUAUUUUUUUUAACUACUUACUUUGAAAUGCCAUAUUAAGUGUUUUGUAUUAGAUUCAAUUAUAAUAAUUUGCAAUUCUUAGGUGUCCUACAUUGUCCUUAUUAAACAUUUACUAGGGUAACCUCGUUGGCGCCCAGGCAGCAGCUGAUUAAGCUGGCUCUCUCAACGUAAUGAAUAAAUGGCAUGGGUGCCAUCCAGUGGUCUGAAGGCAGAUGGAAGAAGAAGAAGAAGAGGAGGACGCUAAGGAUGAGGAGCUUCAAAACGCUAAUAUGUAAUAAUGCACUGGCUAGAUUUUUCCACAGAAAAUUUUUGAUGUUCAAAUUGAAUUCUUUUCAGUGCCUUGGUUUGAAGCUUUGUAUAAAAUAUUAAAUGGCUUAUCAUACCAGGAA